CCGGCGGCUGAUCGGCGACGUGUCUGUGCCGUCUCAUUAAAAACUAAAACGCAUCAUUCUUCCGCGUUUACAAACAAGUGCCAAGUAAAUAUCGAAACAAAUGACUCUGUGAUUUUAAUGAAUAAAGACUUUGAUUUAUUUAACAUUUCCAUAGUUAUGUGACAAUAAGUUAUAAACAAAAUAUUAAAACUUUUUAAUACAAACAUUUAUAAGUGCAACGGUAAUUAAUUAAGCGUGUUGUGAGUUGGACUUUCUGUUGAAGUUUGUUUUGGCUCUAUUUUGCAUUGCCGGAGUGUUUACGACGCGCACGUGGCCGCACCGCCCGCCCGCGCUCUGCGAUGCCGCGAAAAACUUUCUUUGAAAACACUGCCCUAGUGUAAGUAACUUAACUCGCUUGGGAGAUAACGCGAUCGCGACCAUGACUUUAACCUGUAGCGCCUGAUUGAUGCAGCGCCGACUACAUGUUCGUCGAGAAAAGAAGUGUUGUGUUUUUAUUUUUUUUUCGUUGGAGGAGACGGUGCUCUCUGGAUUGAUGAUUUAAAUGGCUAACAACAACGCCGUUUCGUCGACACUGCCGUCGAGAGAUUAUCACUGUAAAGUCUGCGAUCUAUAUCUAGAUACUGUGGAUUCCUUGGAAGUGCAUUUACAAUAUCACAAGGAGAACUUAUACGUGAAGUGGGGUACGCAGAAUACGCAAAAUGAUUCUGAAAAUAAUAACAGCGCUAAAGUAAAGAACGAGACAACGGUGUCAGCUCCAGCUGACUCUAGUGACAACAUGAUCACUAAGCCUAGUCCGGAUUUCCAGCAGCGAGCAACGCCGGAGACCACUGUCCAGUUCCCGCAUCCGGCGACUCCACAGAGUUACCACAGUGCUCCUUCCCCGUAUCAAAAUCCAGAUCAAACAAAUUUUUCACCCGGAGCACAAUAUGGUAAUAAUUUUCCUCAUUCAAAUUUUCCUCAAAAUCAACAUCAAGAUCAAAUUAAUUGGGAACAGUCACAAUAUAAUCAAGAUUACCACAAAUCGAAUCGUUUCCAUCCAUAUAAUAUGCAAGACCGCGUGUCCCAAGUAUCAUCAUCGAGUCCACUAUAUGGGCAACCAUUGAAUCAGCCGACUCCAUCACCUUCACCAAAUCAAUGCGACAAAUGUGGAUUCGUUUGCGAUUCCGCGGUACAGCUCAAUGAACAUUGCAACUCUGCUCAUGCAGGCGUCAGUGCGCCUCCCGCUUCAUCAUCGAUGCCUUUUCAGCAAUACACUGGAAAAUCAUACAAUAAUCCAGGUUACCAAAAUGAUAAUAUAAAAAUAAAAGAAGAACACGAGGAGUCAUCUGAUAUUUUAGACUUAGAUUCGCAAAAGGUAGUUUACCAAGGGAAUGAAGGUGAACAACAACCUGCGACUUAUGAAGACACCUCAUCUCAAGUUCGAGAUGUGAACACAAGAACAGUUCCAAUGAUGCCAUGGGAGACUCAAAAAUUGUACAGCAAUCCACAAAUCAAUGGGGAUGUAUCUUUGUUUAAAGACCAAAAAAUGUUUGCAGAACAAAAGGGUUAUUCGGCAGAGGGGAAAAUGUUUCACCCAGAUCAAAAAUUCGGAUACACUCAAGAAAAAUUCCUAGUUCAUCAUGAGCAAAAACCAUUCAUGCACGUUGAACAGAAGAUAUACCCUGGUGUACAAAUACCACCUAUAACAGAUUAUGCCGGGGUAGCUUCAAGUAAUUCUGAGAUGAAACCACCUUAUCGCCCCUAUGAUUCACCAACUGCACCUCAAAUUACAAGCACACAACCUGCAAACCCAACGUCUUCUACUCUUCCAUCCAUUGGAGGAAAGGGUGCUAACUGGAAGUCAAACGAAGCAAGAAGACCAAAAACCUACAACUGCACUGCAUGUAAUAAGUGGUUUACGAGUUCUGGACAUUUGAAAAGGCAUUACAAUACAACACUACAUAAGAACGCAGUAAGAUCUUCAGGUCAACCAGAUCCAGCCACCAUGCCAAUUUCAAAUCAUCAUCAUCCGAGUCGAGAUUCUUUACAAAACCGCGCUCAGCAGCAAAACGCCGACUCAAACACUCAAAGCCCCAUUCCAUCAGAUGACAGCCGAGGCGUGGACGACAGCGUGCUUCACUCGCCUUACGCAUCGCAAAACUUCGAGCGAUCGCAUCGUGUUGCCGCUAUGCAGUCCAAGUCAUAUACGCAUCUUCAACAGGGUAACUUAGAUAAUAAUUUCAGUACUAAUCAUUUAGCUAAUCACCCUUUACAGCAUCAAGUCGGUUCACAUCCGUUAAAUAUAGGUAAUCAACCACCAGGUCUAGGAAUUCCAAACGAAAGUCCUCAUCAAGGCUCUAAAGUAACUACAUUAUCAACUGGCGCGAAUCCCCCAAACGGGGAAGCAGGUCCCUCUGUUUCUCAAAAUCACCAUAUGAGGGGCCUGCUAUCAGUAUCAACCAGCAAUAUUUCAACACCAACUCAGAGUACGCCAGCACUUACGGCGCACACACUACCGCCAUUCAGCCAUUUGGGUGUCAACCCGUACAGUCCGAGGUCUACGGAUCCUUUGGGGCCUUCGGUUCCGGACCCCACGCACACCCCAUUAUAUUUGGGUCAGAAUUUUCAGCAGACUAUAGCACCGAGUUACCCAAACGGGAUGGCCCCCCACGUUAUGGAUAUGGCUAUCAACAAUCUGCCUAUAGCCAAUCCGGCUACUUUUGGUGAAUCCACACCUAAAGAAGUCGAAGUUAUGGAACAGGAAACGACUCAGCCUGCCAAUGGACGCCUGCCAAGCUUUUCGCAGCUCCAGACGCAGAGCUUCAGCGUUUAUGUUUCUAACUACAUUACAUCACCUAACGUGGGGGGUCAAGUUGUUGCCGACGAAUCUACCGCCGGUUACAUUAUCGUGGAUCCAGUUCAUUCUCCAAUACAGUACAAUACUAUUGAUAUGGGUGGACAAACAAUUGAUUAUGAUUAUAAUUUUUCACCUAAAUCCAUUAAAGAAUACGUCGUCAACUAUACUCCGGAGGGUUUAAAAAAUUAUUCAUAUGGGCAUGCCGUUACUGGUAAAACUAUAAAACAGGAAGAUGAAGUAUUACGGACUGACUCAGGCGAGCUUCAAAUUUUAAAGAUAGAGGAUAUUAUGGAUUACGCUAAUAAAGAAAAUUAUGGAGUUCAAAUGAAGUCUCCAGCGAGUCCAGAAAGUGCUAAAGCCGAUAACGAGAGCCAUGGAUCCCCUUCUAUUUCAUCUACAGUUCCAAGUAUGCCUCUGACUGAAAGAAAUCAUCUUAAAAAGACUGCGUCUGCUACGGUGCAUAAAUGUUUUGAAUGUGAUAAGCUAUUUAACAAAGCCUGCUAUCUUACUCAACAUAACAAAACUUUUCACUCGGGUGCUAAGCCCUUUAAAUGUGAUCGAUGCGGCAAGCGUUUCUCAGAUGAUGUUUCAUACGAAGGUCAUUAUUUAAAACAUGCAGACAAUAAGCCAUUUAAAUGUAGCGAAUGCCCAAAGUCUUUUAAUCACAAAACCGACUUACGUCGUCACAUGUGCUUGCACUCAGGGUGCAAACCAUUCGCUUGUGAUCAUUGUGGAAAAGGCUUUAUAAGAAAAGAUCACAUGGUAAAGCAUUUCGAUACCCAUAUGAAAAAAAAUUUACGCUCGUCUUCAUCUUCGAUUUCAUCUUCAUCACCCUCGUCUUCUACCUAAAUAAUGGUGAGUUACUUUUAGAAAGUUUUGUACACAAAUAUUAUUAUCAUUGCCAUAUAAAAAUCUUGUGCAUUUUUGUUUGAAAGUAGGUAUCUAUUUAUAUAGUUAAUAACGUUGAAACGCAACGUUUUGUUAUAGAUCUGUUAUGUCCUUUUAGCGCAGCCGCGGAACAACUCCGACGCAUGCAUUUAGUCCGCCAGCUACGAUUUUUUGUUAUUCGUUCAAUCUAACCUUGUGUUCGGUGCAAGGUGACUUUACAUGUCUGGGUGUCUGGGCGCUAAACAUGUAAUUACAUGACGUCGGAGUGUUAUUCCGCAAUAAUUUAUAGACCGAUCCAUAUCAUUUUUGCAUAUGAAAUAAUUACUAUUAUAUUAUAGUAUUAGUUAGAUAAAAAAUAUCAGGUGAUCUAUUACACUAGGUGAUUGAAAUGGUUGUUUUGGACAUUUAACCGUACAUAUCUUUUUAUUGUAGAUUACGGUCAGUAAAAGAUUUUAGUUAAAAUCUAUGUUUUAAUUAAAGUUGUUGACAUUAUCUGACACAGGUAACAUAAUUAAUUGGGAAUCAUAAAUAUUAUCCAGGCAAUAUGUAUGUAUGAUACAAAGACAAUAUGAUAAAUAAAUAAUAAACUUCAUUAUUCAUCACAUUGUUUGGGUCACCAUUAUGAUACUAAAUAAUUCAUGUUUUCCUUUACAUAUCUAUAUGAACGACAUGUGUAUUUUAGAAUAUUUUCCAUAUACCUGUAAUUAAUAUGGGACUAGAUGCCAGGCAUUUAAUUUUUUUUUUUAUGUAGGAUGAAUGUUACAAUUUUAUGCAACUUGACGGAAGAUAGAAAAAUUAAUUAAUUAAUAAAAUAUGGUCAUUAAAAUAUUCAGAUAAAUUUAUGGCAAAAAAGGUACUUAACUAAAUUCAGUAGGUAGAUGUUUUUCAUAUAGAGUGGGAGUUGAUAGCGAAACUUAUAGGACUGUUUUUGUCUUUAAAGAAAUUGUUUUACGUGGUAGGCACUCACAAGAAUGUGCCAUUGCGUUUUGUUUUGACAUAGAAUAAAGUGCGUUAUCACAAAGCACGUGUAGUAUUUAUAAGUGUCGUUUUAAAUGUCGUUUUUGUUUUAAAUUCUGCUAUUAGUUAUUUCUUAUUAUUAAUAUGUUUCCGGUGCUUCCUAUAUUAUUAUUUUGUCUGUUGACAUUUGUUUUAAUGAUAAGAUAGUUGACGAAAUUCGGAAUUUUUCUUAAAAUUUAAAACUAAUUUAUGUCCAAUUUAAGUUACCAAUAUAGUAUUUGAACGAAUUUAGUUUAAACAUUCCUGUUUCGUUAGUGGUAGGAAAGUAGUCUUCCUGAACGUUGCCAAAUUAAAGCCGCCAACUGUCUGUUGCGUAACAACUUAACUUUAAUGAUUUUUAGCCUAAUAAUAAUGAAAUUCUCUAGCAAUAAUUUAAAUAAUGUAAAUGUUUUUGUAUAGUAAUAAAUAAAAUAUCAUGUUUAUUAAAUCACCUAAGUUCUGAACGAAAACAAAGGGAUACAUUAAUGACUUUGUACAUAUACCCUUAUGGAAGUAUAGAUGGACGCGCUUGAUGGAAAUGUUAAAUGAAGAAGACCUUUAUUGUGCGGGCGUUUUAAAAUGUUCACCUUGUUGUUUAUAUAUCUGAAUUAUUUUGGAGUGAUUGUUUUGAGUCGGGACACUGGCCUGACGAUACGGUCAUUAUUUAACAAUACUUGUCUUCAAUCUACAGUGGGUGGUCACUUACUCAGGCAUUGUUCACAUAUAACUGUUACAUGCUCACUUUCUCUAAAUAACCAGCAGAAUAUUUUAAUGCGCCUAAAACUCGCAACCAUAUUUAUAGUUUGUUCCUGAAAACCGAAUAUUCAGUGGAAAUAUAAUACCUAUGUGCAAUAUAUGAACAUUGUAUCUAAUUAAUUUUGAUAAUGUUUGUAUUUGACUGUUGAUUAUAUUGCAGAAGUAUUUUUAUACAAAUAGAACAUAUUACACGUACAUUGCCUAUCUACCUCAUCAGUGACUAUAACUAACUAUUCAAUUAUCAAAAUAUUAUGAACUCAUAAAAUUCAGAAUUUAAUAAAAUGAAAGACUUUUAUGUAAUGCAUUUAUUAUUAUAUGAAUAUUUACACGACUAUAAUAAAUAUAAACAUUCAUAUUCUAAACUUGAACCUCUUUGUUCGCAAGUUGUAUACACCUGUUAACCGAAAGCGUGUAUUCGUUCGCCAAUUCUUGUUGUACCUAUGCCUACCUCAAGCAUUUAUAUGCCACAAACACUAUUUUAUGUCAUGUUAUGAUAAUUUGAAAUAAUAUUAUUAUAUUGAUGUUUGUCGACUUUUGCCUUGGUUCUAAUUCGCUAUGAUAUUAAGAUAGCUAUUCACUCUUAACUGUAUUGGCAUGCCUAACCUUACAGCUAGACACUUCUUUGAGCUGUUAAGUUAGGACAAAAAAUAAGUUUAGAGUAGCAUAAUCUAAUAUUAAUAACUUAUAAAUAAUAAAAAUUAUAUUACGUGAUUGUAUAUAAUUGGGUACGAAUACACGCGAACCGAAACAAUAUAGUUUAUAAUGAAAUAUGUAAAAAAAAUAACAAACAAUUUAAUAACAAGAAUAUACAAAAAAGUACUUAUAAUUCAUAAUUUUACUAUAGUGUUGGGAAUUUUUUUGUAUAACAGAAAUAUUUUCACCUAGCAAUAAUGUAAUAGUGACACAAUAUGGAACUUAGCUACCUCAUGUAACGAGUAAUAGGGUUAGAACGUGUUGUGAGGGCAGCAGAAGCGGGCCCGCGAAGUGCGGUUUCGUCAGACUGUGCCGAAUAAUUUCCUUAUCUUGCCUACAGUACGCGCGAUAAAAGUUGGCCGGUCUGAAGUAAGUCACGAGGGACUGCGCAUAGUACCUAUCCUAAGGUAAUAUUUAUAUAUUACAUGCGCCAAUGUUUCAAAGAGCAAAUUUCAGUUCGGUCAAGUUAUAUUGUGCGUAGUGUUAAUCUAUUAGGAUACCUACAGAUUUCGAAUGCCGAUGCCCCGUAGACUCGCGUCUAGCGCCCGACUUCAGAUGUAUUUUAGCAGACAUAUUUGUCUCUCUUGUACUGUUUAAAACAAGCACUAGUAGUAAAGCUUAGGAAUAAAUCUAAUGUAAAUAUUAAACGGUAAAUUUGUUAUUUAUCAUAUUCUAUUAUUGUAUUCACCAAUACAAUUAAAUAUAAUUUUGAAAUAAUUUCGUAGUGAUUUCAAGUUUAUAAAAUAGUUUAUAAGAACGAUAAAAUAAGAUUCCGCGAUUAUGUUGUGUAUUAUAUUAAUUUAAUUAUUAUCAGUUACCAGAUGAUUUCUGUUACAUUCAGUGGAGUAAAAUUGGAGGAUAAAUACCAUAACAUGUUGUUUUUUUUAAUUAUUAUCCCCUCGUAGGCUGGAUACGUUUGUAAUAAAAACGUAGACAUCAUGCGUUAUUAUGGGUGUUUAAUUAUAUGUUUUGUUUACGAUAAGCGUAGUGCGAAAUUAAAACUGUUGCUAGGCUAUGCCUAAGUGACGUCACGGGUUAAAAUAAAAUUAAGAUACAUGAUUAUGUUCCCAAAUCAUACUAAAAAGUAGCUAUUUGUUUAAUUGCGACGAGCAGUGUCAAAUUGCUCUCGAGGUCACUUGGGUAUUGUCUAGACUCCUUCUAGAUUAAGUCUCGAUAAUAGUUUAUUCUAGUAAUAGGUGGCAGAUCUGUCACUACGCCACUGCGAACAUCAUAUUCUCCUGCUGUGCGUUGAUAUGUUCAUAUGUGUGAUGCAGUGAUCUAUAAUUGACUUAAUUUACUUAUUUUAAUGUUCAUUCAUAUGUACAUAUCAAAAUCUCUACACCAAACAGCUAUGCGAUAAGUAUUUGAUUAAUAAAUUUUGCCAAAAUAUUAAUGAUACAUUUUUGACGCUGUUUAAUUUGAUUGGCAAAAUUUUGGCUCGAAUAUGUCUAAUAUGCAAGCAAUGUUCAUAAUCAUUAUUUUUUCAAGUUGACAUAUUUAGGCCAUUAAAAAAAUAUUUCUUUAACAAUGUAUCACUGUUGGUUACAACUACAACUGCAAUAGCAGGUUUUCUGUCACAGGUCUGUCAAUAAAUAUAUAAGUUUAA